GUAAAAAACUUAUGACUGCACCAACUACAAGAAAAGACCUCAUGAUAGUCAAUAUGGGGCCUCAGCACCCAUCAAUGCACGGUGUUCUUCGACUCAUCGUUACUCUAGAUGGUGAAGAUGUUGUCGACUGCGAACCAAUAUUGGGUUAUUUACAUAGAGGGAUGGAGAAAAUUGCGGAAAAUCGAACAAUUAUACAAUAUUUGCCUUAUGUAACACGUUGGGAUUAUUUAGCUACUAUGUUCACAGAAGCAAUAACCAUAAAUGGACCCGAACAAUUAGGCAAUAUUCAAGUACCUAAAAGGGCUAGCUAUAUCAGAGUCAUUAUGUUGGAAUUGAGUCGGAUAGCUUCUCAUUUGUUAUGGCUCGGUCCUUUUAUGGCGGAUAUUGGUGCGCAGACCCCUUUCUUCUAUAUUUUUCGAGAAAGAGAAUUGAUAUAUGACCUCUUCGAAGCUGCCACCGGUAUGCGAAUGAUGCAUAAUUAUUUUCGUAUCGGAGGAGUGGCUGCCGAUCUACCCUAUGGCUGGAUAGAUAAAUGUUUGGAUUUUUGCGAUUAUUUUUUAACAGGGGUCGCUGAGUAUCAAAAACUUAUUACCCGGAAUCCUAUUUUUUUAGAACGAGUUGAAGGCGUAGGCAUUAUUGGGGGAGACGAAGCAUUAAAUUGGGGUUUAUCGGGACCAAUGCUACGAGCUUCCGGAAUAGAAUGGGAUCUUCGUAAAGUUGAUCAUUAUGAGUCUUACGACGAAUUUGAUUGGCAGGUUCAAUGGCAACGAGAAGGGGAUUCAUUAGCUCGUUAUUUAGUACGAAUUGGUGAAAUGACAGAAUCCAUAAAGAUUAUUCAACAGGCUCUGGAAGGAAUUCCAGGAGGGCCUUACGAAAAUUUAGAAAUCCGACGUUUUGACAGAUUAAAAGAUCCUGAAUGGAAUGAUUUUGAAUAUCGGUUUAUUAGUAAAAAACCCUCUCCAACUUUUGAAUUGUCGAAACAAGAACUUUAUGUGAGAGUUGAAGCCCCAAAAGGAGAAUUGGGAAUUUUUCUCAUAGGAGAUCAGAGCGUUUUUCCUUGGAGAUGGAAAAUUCGCCCACCAGGUUUUAUCAAUUUGCAAAUUCUUCCUCAGUUAGUUAAAAGAAUGAAAUUGGCUGAUAUUAUGACAAUACUAGGUAGCAUAGAUAUCAUUAUGGGAGAAGUUGAUCGUUGA